AAAGAAUAGUAAACCACCAAUUCCAAAACAAUUGCCAAAUAGUUCGGUUUAUUUUGGAAUAAAACGCGUCGAUGAAUUUCAAUGGCUACAGAAUUCCGAAAAUCACGAGGUCUUAAAAUACAUUAAAGCUGAGAAUGAAUAUACAGAAUCUCUAAUGAAACGCACAAAUUCAUUACAACGACGCUUAUCUCAUGAAUUGAGAAGAAAAUUGAUCACCCAAGGAAUUAUGGCACCUAUAAAGACUUUGGUGGAUGGAUAUGAGUAUUAUACAAUAUCAACUAAAUACGGACUCAAAUAUUGUCGUAAUAAAAAAGGAUUUCCUCCGAUAGAAGAAGUUCUGUUGGACUCGAAAUGGUUGGCAGGAACAAAAAAAAGCAUUCGAUCAUUAUUAAUAUCACCAGAUCAUAAUAUACUUGCUUAUUUAAUAGAACAAGAGGGUGAAGAAAUUGGUGUAUUACAUUUUAAAAUUUUAAAUGAAAAUGAAAAUUUAAUCUUACAUGAUGAGAAAUUAGAAGGAAUAUUUAAUUUCGUAUGGGGAAGUAAUAGUAAAAUUGUUUAUUACACUAUAACGGAUGAACAACUUAGACCUUACAAGGUUUACGCACAUCAAAUUGGAAGUUCCCCGCAGCAUGAUAUUCUUAUAUAUGAAGAUUAUGAUAAAUCAUCAUUUGUUGAUAUUACAGUUACAAGGGAUAAGUCUUUUAUCGCAAUAAAUUCAAAUAGUUUUUCUACUUCUGAAGUACGGAUUUUUGACGCCUAUCAUGACUUUUCUAAAGGAAUUCCGGAACUUAAACUUAUUGAACCACGUUCAUCUGGAUUGGAAUAUUACGUUGAUCAUCAUAACGGAUUUCUUUAUAUUUUGACAAAUUCUGCUAAUACGCGAAAUUUUAAGUUGGUCCGUGCAAGUCUCGAUAAUUGCAAUAAAAGAAAUUGGGAAACUAUAUUCUCCUUCAAAAAUAACGAAUUGAUAGAAGAUAUUGACAUAUUUCGUAAAUUUGCUGUGAUAUUUGCAAAAAGAGAAGGACUGCCAAUAAUUUUCUGUUAUAAUUUCGAUUCACAUGAUGUGCAUCAAAUUGAAUUACCAACAAAAUUUUGUGUUGUGUCUCCGGAUACAAAUAUUAAUUAUGAUACGGAUAUUGUAAGGUUCACUUGUGAUUCUCCAUUCGCUCACCAAUCAAUUUAUGAGUAUAAUAUGGAAACUAGGAAAUUACAUUCAAUAAGAUCUAAUCCUAUUCAUAGUAAAUAUAUUAAUUAUAUUACGCAUUUUCCUAAUUACUGCAAUAUACUAAUUGAAUCAGAUUUUGAUCACAAUUUAUACACGUGCCAUCGCAUAUAUGUUAACUCAAAGGAUGGUUCAAAAAUACCAAUUACUUUAUUACACAAGAGAUCUUUGGUUCUGGAUAACAAAAAUCCGAUGUUAAUUAGAUCUUAUGGAGCUUAUGGAGUUUCCACUGUGCCUGAUUUUCAACUAGAACAUUUCUCAUUGUUAGAAAGAGGUUGGGUUAUUGCACUUGCACACGUCAGGGGAGGUUCGGAGUUAGGUCAUACGUGGUACGAUCAAGGACGAUUGAUGAAUAAAAAAAAUUCGAUUACAGAUUUGAUUUCGGUGAUUGAAUAUCUUAUUGAAGCUGGAUAUUCAAAUCAAUCUCUCAUCGCAUCAAUAGGUUCUAGUGCUGGUGGAUUAUUAUUAGGAGCUGCCUUUAAUAUGCGACCAGAUCUAUUCCGUGCAAUUAUCUUGAGAGUUCCUUUUUUGGAUCCAUUAUCAAGUAUGUUAAAUCCUGAUUUGCCACUCACUCGGAUUGAGUAUAACGAAUGGGGAAAUCCUCUGGAAGAUAAAAAAACCUAUGAAUAUCUGGCUAGUUACGCGCCAUAUGAUAAUAUUUCAACUUUACGAUCACAACAAACUCGUUCAAUAUUGGUUACAGCAGCUAUGAAGGAUCAAAGAGUUAGUUAUUGGCAUCCAUUAAAAUGGGUAGCUAGAAUGAGAACAAGGCAAUCAACAGAUCAUAAUGGCAAUUUAUUGAUUUUAAAAAUUGAUAUGGAAGGAGGGCAUUUUGGAGAUGAAAUUGAUCAAUCGGAUAGAAUUAAAAAUGUGGCCUUUGAACUUGCGUUUCUCAUAUCCCAAGUUCAAAAAACAGAAUAA